AGGCGGUAAAGCACGGUUUAAAGUUCGUCAUAUCGAGUUCAACUGAACACAAGGAUAAUCGAUCUUUGAUCAUACAAAACCCCUCGCUUAAUGAUGAUUGGAAAUUCAAGCUGGGGACUACUAAACAAAAACUUUUCAUCCGACGCGGAACAUGCAGCAGCUCAAAGCACCACUGACCAAGAUUGCGUUCCAAGAAAUGGCCAGGCCGAAAAAGCUUGGAAAGCCAUAGCUUACUCCUUGAUUCUCGUGGUUUCCUUCGUCGGGAAUGUCCUGGUUUUAUUAAUCUUCUACAAAAACAGACAGCUGCGAAGGUCACCCAUCAACUUCUUCGUCUUUAACAUGGCCUUUUCCGAUCUAUUUAACCCUUUCACCAUCAUGCCUAUCACAGUCGUUCAGAUAAUCUCAGGAUCUGACUCCUGGAAAGUUUCCAAUCCAUGGCUACUCGGAAAUAUUUUGUGCAAACUUUGCUACUUUCUUCCAGAUGUUUCGUUAAUAGUCUCUAUCCAGACCCUUCUAUUGAUCUCAUUUGACAGGCUCUUAGCUGUGGUCUUUCCGUUUAAAGCCAGUCUCAUCUCCCCAAAGGUACGAUUGACUGCCAUCUCGUGCACAUGGCUUAUCGCGUCUGCUCUUCAUGCACCUUAUUUUUACACUUUUCAAUUGUUCUCCGACCAAAACGAAGCAUAUUGCAAGCAGCUUUGGGAACCUACAAUAGCAGAUCACCUAGAGACACACAAGAAGUUUGUCACAGCAACAUAUAUCAUUUUCUUUUUAGUGCCUUUCUGCCUCUUGGUCUUUGUGUACGGCAUCAUCGCGUGGACUUUAAGUAAUAACAACAAAAGAAGACAAAGGGAAUUAUCUUGCAUACAACGCCAACGGGAUCAGAAGCUCCGUAAAACUAUCCGAAUGUCAGCAGCUAUAAUAAUUGCUUUUUUUAUUUGCACGACCCCACUUUUUGUUUACAUGUUCACCAUGAUUUUUAUUUGGAACUGGACUGACGACCUGCAAGCGUGCUCAUUUCACACGUGGAUUCCAUUCUUUUCUUUCUUUAUGGUUCAUGCUUGGAGUGCUGUAAAUCCAUGCAUUUGUUUAAUUUGUAUUAACGUCUAUCGGAGCAGCCUUGUGCGAAUUUUACCAUUUAGCUCCAAUGUCGUCCAUGUAACUGCUACUCGAUAA